AUGGGCAUGGAUCUUCUUACCAUGCUCCAAGGCUGAGAGGCUGCCGCAGGCCGUCAGAAUGCUGCCGAAGGUGUACUGGUCCAUGGCCACGCCCUGCAGCCCCAUCUCCCGGAAGAAUUCCAGGGCUUCUUCCUCGAUCCCGUUCUGGGUGAGGCCUGUGAUCAGAGUGGUCCACGAUAUGGAAUCCCUCUCGGGCAUCUCACGAAACAGGUUCUUGGCAUCGUCCACCAUGCUCCGGCGCAGAAGCCCAGUGA